AUGCCGCAACAACCUGCCCCGACGGCUGCGAGCGCGGCUUCCUCGCUGCCCGUGUCCGAGGACGACGUCGACAAGAUUGCCAUCGCUUCGUUGACGCUCGACACCCAGCUGAUCCCACUUCGGAAAGCCCGGCGCGUGCCCGUCGAGCCGUUCCCAUUCCUCCACCUGCCAUCGGAACUGCGGGUCAAGGUUUACGAGUACUACUUUGCCAGCAUCGACCCGGUCCUCGACCUCGGCCCCGACAACUACAAGCGCAUCCACAAACGCCUAGGCCUCAUGCGCACCUGCAAGCAGGUCCACGCCGAGGCCUCGCAUCUCUUCUACAGCUCCCGCACCUUUCGCAUCUUUCCCACCCACCCGGGCCGCUACUUCAAGUCCAAGAAGCCGCUGCUGGCCCGCCUCCACGCCAGCCAGCGCCGGCUCGUCACCUCGCUCGAGCUGCGCCUAGGUCCUGGUUGGAACGCGCCGCCUAAGGGUUGGGUCGUGAACGACGCGCUCGGCCUGCAGGACUGCAUCGCCCUCCGCACCUUGCGCGUCUUUGUCGAGUGCGACCCCAGCGACGCCGCCAUCAAGGGUUGGGUCCGGUCCGACGGCUUCUACGAGACGUUCUGCUGCACCCUGCUCGCCAACGUCCUCGACGGGCUCCCGGCUGUCGACGCCGUCGAGUUUGACGCCUGGAAGAGCGUCAAGAAGUCGGGCAACAUGAUGCGAGGCCUGCUCGACGUCGUCUCCCGCGCGAACCUUGUCCUCCGCUGGGGGCCCGAACGUGGCUGGACCGAGGCCGACGAGCCGGCCGGCACCGCCGUCGUCUUUGCCGUGGACGACAUUCCCAUCCAGGGUUAUUCCUCAAAUAUGCUGGUCGUGGCAUAG